CUUUGAUCAAAGUUCAUAGGUGCAUGUUGCACAUACGAGCAGGAGCUGGGUCAGCGGGGGAGAGGUUACUGUAAAUCCAGACAAUGGCAACCAUAAUCCAGCCUCGAAUUUGUAAACUGACAAAGCAAGAAGGUCAGGCCUUUGGUUUUUNCCUGAGGGUUGAGAAGGACACAGAUGGACAUCUGAUUCGUUCAAUUGUGAAGGAAAGUCCAGCUGAGCAGGCCGGCAUGAGGGACGGUGACAGAGUCUUGAGAGUUAACGACACCUUUGUGGAUAAGGAUGAUCACCACCAAGUGGUGGAAAAAAUUAAAACAUAUGGAAAUCAAGUCACCUUUGUGGUAUUGGAUGAUGUAUCUUAUGUAAAUGCUAAAAAGCAAGGCUCUGAUCUAAUUGAAAUCAGCAAUCUAAAUUCCAAAUUCAUCCAGCCGGUGAUUAAUGGAGUAAAUGGGAAAACAGCACAGCCAAAACUCUGUUAUCUGGUGAAGGAGUCUUCUGGCUACGGUUUUUCACUGAAGUCCACAGAGGGAAUUCCUGGCUUGUUCAUCACUGAAGUUUCCUCAAUUGGGGUUGCAGCCGAAGCUGGUGUACAAUUAAAUGACCGACUGAUUGAACUGAAUGGAGAAAAUGUUGAAAAUUUUACACAUGAGCAAGUGGUUUCUAAGAUCAAAGGAGCAGAAGACUACAUUGUCCUGCUGCUUGUUGAUGAGGAGUCGGACAAAUACUUCAAAAACAAGAAGAUUACCAUUGUGGCACCCAUGGCAAGUGUAAAAAACCUUCCUUACCAGCCACGAGUAGCAGACAUUACCAAAGGACCAGAUGGCUAUGGCUUCUACUUGAGAGAUGAACAAGGACAUCAAGGUAUAAGUCACUACAUCAGGGAUAUUGACCCAGACAGUCCUGCAGAGAAAUCUGGGCUUGUUGAUGGUGAUUGUCUGGUGGCUGUGAAUGGAGACGAUGCAGAUCAGUUGGAGCAUGAGGCUUUGGUGGAGAAGAUAAAGAAGUGUGGGAGCAGAACUACCUUCCUUGUUGCUGAUUCACAAACUCAUGAACUUUAUAAGAAGGCUGGUAUUUCUCCUAUUUGCUACUGGAAUGAGGUAUGCAAGCCACAUAGGCAUCAGGAACUUGAAAUUGAAACUCCAAAUCAGACCACCGAGGCCGGAGAGGAGCAGAGAUUUAAACUGCGCCAUAUUUUUAAAGGAGACGAAGGAUAUGGCUUCAUUCUCGAUUCAACUGAGGGUGUACAAAAGAAGUUUAUUAAACAGGUGGUUGCAGGAAGUCCAGCAGAAAAGGCAGGCUUGGAAGAGAAUGAUGUAUUAAUUGAAGUGAAUGGUGUGAAUGUGGAAGGUGACACCUAUGACGAAUUAGUGAGAAGAAUCAACCAAAGCGGAGAUCGGCUCAGCAUGCUAGUUAUUGGAAGGGAAGAGUACAACCUCCAUGAGAUGAAGAAAAUACCAACCAAUUCCUUUUUGAGCUCAGCAGAAACUCCUGAAUUAGCAUCUCCUGCAGCCCAGACCGAAGAACAGUCGGACGGACAGUUAGACGGACAGUCGGACAAACAGUCGGAUAGACAGAUAGAUAAACAGAUGGAGGAGAGCAAUUCUGAAGAACCAAUUGCUGACAGUCCACCAGAGGAAAAUAAAGAACGGGCAGAAUCAAUAUCCUCAUCUUCACCUGAAGAGGAAUCAGACGAUGACACACAAAUGUAAACAGAUUUUGAAAGGAAACCCCAGCAGAAGUACCACAGUCACUUGGUUUGGCAGUGCUCACUAACAAGACCUACAGCAGCUUCAGUCUUGAAUUCCUGCUAUUAUCGAUAAUCAAAUUGUUUUUCUAGUCAAGCAAAUAUUUUCAAUGAUAAGUCAUGCCUCUCCCACUUCAAUUGGCUGCCUUUCCACCAAACUCUGUUUGAACAAUAAUAUUGUUUUGCUCGUCAUUAAUUUCAUAGCCACACAUGGUACACUUAGCAAUGCAUUACUUUGAACACAAUUAAAAGAAACGUAGAGCAAAAUGAACAAUGUGAAGCGAGUGAUAAUUCAGUACUACAGAACUCAUGAUAUGGACUUUAUCAGGGAUCCGUACAUUUGUCAACCGCAGUACCUCUUUCCUGCUAUGUAUCCUUUAUAUAAUUGUAUUUUACCCUACAGUUGAUGAAUGGUUUUCCAAGAGUAUAUCGCAAGGCAAUAAUCAGACCUUGGUUUGGGGGAUUGGGAUGUACAAGUAUAAAUCUGCUAAAGGAUUGUGCAAGCUUUAAUAAUUCAGCCUCAAACAAUAAUAUGGUGUCCAUGACAUGUUUAUUCUGAUCUAGUGUUGUGGACAUAUUGAGAUAGUUACAAAUGAAUUUCUGUAAUAAAGACUACGCCAGUGAACAAAUGUGCCAGUAACUGUACAAAGAAUAGGGAGCCAGCGCUAGAUAUUUGAGUGUAUGGUUUACUGUCAAAUUAUGAAGACUACAAGUCUAGUUCUCAAAAAAAAUAUCCAAGACAAAGUAUCAAUUUUAGCAAUUGUGAAUAGUAAAGUUCCUUUCACAUACCUGAUGGGAUUGCUGUGCUACAAUCACAUGCAGAUAAUGAGAUCAGAUACUGAAUUAAUUAUUAUAUCUAACACCAACUGCUGCUUCACGUACAACUUAAUUGAACUAAAUAAAAUGAAAUGGCUGAAAGUCUCACAAA